AUGACACCUCAAACCUCACAGCAAACCAGUCCAAGCUGCUUAUCAGAGACAGAUUCGGCACUCUGUAUUGUCGUAGGCAACCCAAACCCGUGCAACAAAGAAAUUCCACGCUGGAAACCCGGAAUAUAUAUUCCGUACACGGUUGACCGUUCAAGCUUUCUCGCAAUCACAGGCGCGCAAGCAAAAUACGCGGAAGCCACAUUCAAGCAAGCAGUCAAACAAUGGAACGAGAGCAAAAUCGGGGUUACUUUCGAUUUUGUCGAGGAGGAGAAUGACGCUGUGUUUACUCUCAUCUACGGAGGCGAGCACAACAAUGUUUUCGCCAAAGCUUUCUUUCCAAGUAAUCAGGACUUGAAUCGGAUCCUGGUGUACAGCGUCGCUCUCAGACCUGAAUAUAUCAUGUGGUUAGAAUGGGUCUUCCUGCAUGAGCUGGGACACGUUCUUGGCUUGCGCCAUGAGUUUGCAUUGAAGAGCGAGAAAGGUGGUGUUCGAUUUCCAGGUGAAGAGGGAGCCGAUGGUCAAGUGGGGAAUACACCCACGGCUCCGAGGUCGGUCAUGGAAUAUUAUCACAGGUCUGAAUCGGCUACGCAGCAUCCUAUACCUGGAGUGCAACCAAAUCUUAUGGACUAUCCUGAGGGAAAACUUCCAUUGAAGGACAUCGAGGAGACGAGACGUUUUUACAAAUUGGAGAGUGGUACUACUUACGAGAACCGGCCUAUUGUAGAUUAUAAUCCACAGAAAGCCCAAGUCUACCAACCCACGGCCAUCAGAAAAGCAACGAAGGAUGCCGAAGAGGGUAUUGAUAGACAAAGAGAGAAGGCUGAACGUGAUAAGGCGUGGCUUCAAAAGCAUGGGAAAGAAAGAAGAAAGCCCAAGGACGUGGACUAG